GAGGACGAGAGAGAGAGAGAUGAGAUGAGCAGAGGAGAGAGGAGGAGGAGAGAUGAAGAGAUUCAGAUUAGUGAAGCCGAGCUGAAUUUCUCUCCUCUCAGCCUCUCGUUCCCUUUUCGCAUCACUCGGCCUCGUCACAGAAAGAAAAAAAUACCGAACAUAUCAGAUGAAACUGUGAGUCACGAGCAGCUGGGGCCAAUGGACAGAGUGGAAUUGUCCAGAAUGCAAAGUUUUGCUUGCUUAGUGAGAAGAAAUGAAGAUGGGACCAACAUGAGCGUCUGAAGUGGACUACCAGAAGACAUGCAGCACAACCACAAAAGCACGGCACGUAACGGCUACGCCAAUGCUGUGGAUGGUGAAGAUGGUGGCGGUGAGGGGGAGGAGGGCGGAGAGGAGGACGGAGGAGGAGGUGAGGGAGAGGAGAGAGUUGGCGGGGACUGGGACGAGGAGCUUGAAGGCGAGGACGAGGGAGUGCGGAUGACCAGGACGGAUACUCUCCACUCCACCACCAGUUCCACCGGGACGCAACGUAGGAGAGGUCAACACGCUAAAAAACAAGUCCAGGGCACCAAUCAGGUCCAGCGAGCUCCCCGAGCAUUGUUUUGCCUAAAGCUCAACAACCCCAUCAGACGCGCUGCGCUCUCCAUUGUUGAGUGGAAACCAUUUGACAUCUUCAUUCUGUUAGCAAUCUUUGCUAACUGUGUCGCCCUGGGUGUUUCCAAACCAUUUCCAGAGGAUGACUCCAACUCCACCAACCACGACCUGGAACAAGUGGAGUAUGUCUUUCUCAUCAUCUUCACUGUGGAAACCUUCCUGAAAAUCCUGGCUUACGGUCUAGUCAUGCACCCAAGCUCGUACAUCCGCAAUGGCUGGAACCUUCUGGACUUUGUCAUUGUCAUCGUUGGGUUGUUCAGUGUCGUCCUGGAGACCAUGACGCACAAGUCGGGCGAACAGGCGAGCACGCACCACGUGCCGGGCAAACCUGGAGGUCUAGACGUCAAAGCCCUGCGCGCCUUUCGGGUCUUAAGGCCUCUUAGACUGGUUUCAGGAGUUCCCAGUCUGCAGAUUGUCCUCAACUCCAUCAUGAAGGCGAUGGUUCCGCUGCUCCACAUCGCUCUGCUGGUCCUUUUUGUCAUCAUUAUUUAUGCCAUCAUCGGUUUGGAGCUCUUCAUCGGACGCAUGCACAGAACCUGCUACUACAUGGAAACUGACACAUUUGUGGAGGACGACCCGGUGCCUUGUGCCUUCGCGGGUCACGGCCGCCAGUGCACUGUGAACGGCUCCGAGUGUCGUGGGCGCUGGGACGGACCCAACGGAGGCAUCACCAACUUUGACAACUUCUUCUUUGCGAUGUUGACGGUGUUUCAGUGUAUUACCAUGGAGGGAUGGACUGACGUUCUCUACUGGAUGAACGAUGCAAUCGGCUUUGAGCUGCCUUGGGUCUAUUUUGUUAGUCUGGUCAUCUUUGGGUCUUUCUUCGUUCUCAACCUGGUUCUUGGUGUCCUCAGUGGAGAGUUCAGCAAAGAAAGGGAGAAAGCAAAGGCUCGCGGAGACUUCCAAAAGCUCCGUGAGAAGCAGCAGAUGGAGGAGGACCUGUGUGGAUACAUGGACUGGAUCACUCAGGCUGAGGACAUGGACGACUUGGAUGAGGAUGGAAACCCGCGUCCGUCUCUGGGUGAUCUGUCAGAUAAGAAGAGAGGAAAGUUUGGAUGGUUCAGUCACUCGAAUGAAACACACGCAAGUCUUCCCGCCAGUGAAACGGCAUCUGAGAACACUGAGAACAUCGAUGAAGAGCACACCAACUGUUGUCAGGCCUGCUGUUCACGAAUGAUGAAGAUCAGCUGCUGUCGAACUUUGCGCCGCUGGAACCGUGUCUGUCGCAGGAACUGUCGCACAGCCGUCAAAUCGGUGACAUUCUAUUGGUUGGUCUUGCUUCUCGUCUUCCUCAACACAUCUCUCAGCGCAUCCGAGCACUAUAACCAACCCGAUUGGCUGACGCAGGUGCAGGAUAUUGCCAACAAGGUGCUGUUGUCACUGUUCACGGUUGAGAUGCUGCUGAAGAUGUACAGCUUGGGCCUGGCGCAUUACUUUGUGGCAUUCUUCAACCGCUUCGACUGCUUCGUGGUGUGCGGCGGCAUCAUGGAGACCAUUCUGGUGGAGCUGGAAAUCAUGCCACCCCUGGGGAUCUCUGUGCUACGCUGUGUCCGCCUGCUGCGUAUCUUUAAGGUCACACGCCAUUGGACAGCUCUGUCUAACCUGGUGGCAUCUCUGCUCAACUCCAUGAAGUCCAUUGCCUCGCUUCUGCUACUUCUCUUCCUCUUCUUGAUUAUCUUCGCUCUCCUGGGCAUGCAGCUCUUUGGCGGCAAGUUCAACUUUGACGAGACACAGACCAAGCGCAGCACCUUCGACGCUUUCCCACAGGCGCUACUUACCUGUUUCCAGAUCCUGACAGGCGAGGACUGGAAUGUAGUGAUGUACGAUGGGAUCAUGGCUUACGGUGGCCCUGUUUUUCCGGGGAUGAUUGUCUGCAUAUACUUUGUCAUUCUCUUCAUAUGCGGAAACUACAUCCUGCUGAAUGUCUUCUUGGCCAUUGCUGUGGACAAUUUGGCUGGAGGGGACGGAGACGACAAGGCAAAAGAAAAGAAGACGGAAGGCGCUGAGGGUGAAGGAACGGAGGAGGACAAGGAAGUGAAGGUGGACAUUGACGAGGACACAGAGUAUGAGGAAGAAGAAGAGCUUCCGGAAGGCGAAGAUGACGGAGGCGUGCAACUGAAGAUGGCUGACCUGGCUCCGCCUAAGGAAAAGGUUUUGCCCAUCCCAGAGGGCAGCGCGUUCUUCUGCCUCAGCAAGACGAACCCCAUCCGAGUGGCGUGCCACACUCUGAUCCACCACCACAUCUUCACCAACCUCAUCCUGGUCUUCAUCAUCCUCAGCUCGUGCUCUCUGGCCGCUGAGGAUCCAAUUAGGGCGCACUCAUUCCGGAACAAUGUUCUGGGUUAUGCCGAUUAUGCCUUCACCUCCAUCUUCACCGUCGAAAUCCUGUUCAAGGUGAGAGAGAAAGUGACAUCGCUUGUGGCAUUGUUGGUCCUGCUUACUCACUUCUUGUCUUUGUGCCAGAUGACGGUCCACGGAGCGUUUCUCCACCAGGGGUCCUUCUGCAGGAACUGGUUCAACUUGCUUGAUCUGCUUGUCGUCAGUGUGUCACUUGUGUCCUUCUUUCUGCAUUCAAGUGCCAUCUCGGUGGUAAAGAUCCUGAGGGUCCUCCGUGUCCUCAGACCUCUGAGGGCCAUCAACAGAGCCAAAGGCCUCAAACAUGUGGUCCAGUGUGUGUUUGUGGCCAUCAGGACCAUUGGAAACAUCAUGAUUGUCACAACAUUGCUCCAGUUCAUGUUUGCGUGCAUCGGUGUACAACUUUUCAAGGGUAAAUUCUACCGUUGUACCGAUGAGGCCAAACACACUCCUGAACAGUGCAAAGGGACAUUCGUUGUGUACAAAGAUGGAGAUGUCAACCAUCCGAUGGUCCGAGAAAGAAUUUGGCACAACAGUGACUUCAAUUUUGACAAUGUGCUUAUGGGAAUGAUGGCACUCUUCACCGUGUCUACCUUUGAAGGCUGGCCAGCGCUGCUUUACAAGGCCAUCGACGCCAAUGGGGAAAACUCGGGUCCUAUUUACAACUACCGUGUGGAGAUUUCAAUCUUUUUCAUCGUCUACAUCAUCAUUAUCGCCUUCUUCAUGAUGAAUAUCUUUGUGGGUUUUGUCAUCAUUACAUUCAGAGAGCAGGGUGAGCAAGAGUACAAGAACUGUGAACUGGACAAGAACCAGCGUCAAUGUGUCGAGUAUGCUCUGAAGGCUCAACCACUAAAGCUCUACAUCCCUAAAAACCCGGUCCAGUACAAGUUUUGGUCCAUCAUAAACUCCACGGCUUUUGAGUAUGUAAUGUUUGUGCUCAUCCUGCUCAACACCGUCACGCUUGCUGUCCAGCAUUACGAGCAAUCCAAGACCUUCAGUCACAUCAUGGACAUCCUCAAUAUGGUCUUCACUGGACUCUUUACUGUGGAGAUGCUGCUUAAGCUGUUAGCCCUCAGACUCAGGCAUUACUUUGUGGAUGCAUGGAAUUCCUUCGAUGCUCUCAUCGUGGUUGGAAGCGUGGUGGACAUUGUAGUGACGGAAUUCAGCAGUGGAGAGGACAGCUCUCGAGUGUCCAUCACCUUCUUCCGUCUCUUCCGAGUGAUGCGAUUAGUCAAGCUGCUAAGCAAAGGGGAGGGCAUACGCACCCUGUUGUGGACCUUCAUCAAGUCGUUGCAGGCCCUUCCAUACGUCGCCCUGCUCAUCGCCAUGAUCUUCUUCAUCUACGCCGUCAUCGGCAUGCAGACAUUUGGGAAGAUAGCUAUGCAGGAUCACACACAGAUCAACAGAAACAACAACUUCCAGACUUUUCCUCAGGCCGUCCUCCUCCUCUUCAGGUGUGCUACAGGUGAGGCUUGGCAGGAGAUCAUGUUGGCAAGUCUUCCCGGGAAACGUUGCGACCCCGAGUCCGACUACGAGCCGGGUGAAGAGUUCAGCUGUGGGAGCAACUUUGCCAUCGUUUACUUCAUCAGUUUCUUUAUGUUAUGCGCAUUCCUGAUCAUCAAUUUGUUUGUGGCCGUCAUCAUGGACAACUUUGACUACCUGACCCGUGACUGGUCCAUCCUGGGUCCGCAUCAUCUGGAUGAGUUCAAGAGGAUUUGGUCAGAAUAUGAUCCAGAGGCCAAGGGUCGCAUCAAACAUUUGGAUGUAGUGGCUCUACUACGGAGGAUACAACCUCCUCUUGGCUUUGGAAAACUGUGUCCUCACAGAGUCGCUUGUAAGCGUCUGGUGGCUAUGAACAUGCCUCUUAACACGGAUGGCAUGGUAACAUUCAACGCCACCCUCUUUGCGCUGGUCCGCACAGCACUGAAGAUCAAGACCGAAGGCAACCCAGACCAGGAGAACGAGGAGCUGCGGGGAAUCAUCAAGAAGAUCUGGAAGAGAAUGAAACCAAAACUUCUGGAUGAAGUCAUUCCACCACAUGAGGAGGAGGAAGUGACGGUUGGAAAGUUUUACGCUACCUUCCUGAUUCAAGAUUACUUCCGCAAGUUCCGGAAGAGGAAAGAGAGAGGGGGUCUGAGUGUUGAAACCGACACCACCAACCCGUCAGCUGUACAGUUGUGUAAAGCGGGUCUAAAGACUCUGCAAGAUCUCGGUCCAGAGAUGCGUCAGGCACUAAAUGAAGACCUGGAGGAGGAAGAGGAAGAAGAAGAGGAGGAUGAGGCCAUGAGGGAGGAAGAAGAGAUGGACACAGUAGGAGCACACAAAGACCGGCGGGGAUCCAUUGUGCCCGUCGGUCCAGGGGGAGUGGAUGGUGGUGUGGUGAACGGCGGUCUGAUCCAUCGGGUCGGUUCGCUCGGCAAGAUGUCUAACGGCAGGGAAUACGAUCCACAUGGCUCACGUCGAGCCAAUCUGAGGUCAUCUGUCAAUCACCAUCACCACCGACCCUCGGUCAGGAACAGCCUUGUGGAGCGCGUCCACACGAGGCCAUCACAUUACAAACAUGGAAGGGAUAGACACUGGAGAAAUGGAGAGAUGGACAUGUCCAGAGAGUCACGAUACUACACAAGAGAGGAUGACGCAGACAGCAUCACUUCCACAGAGAGAUACUAUCCUGAUGAUCCUCCGUACCAUGAUGGCCACGCCCCCUACAGUCACUAUGGCAACGGCUACAGCGAGGGUAGGCGGACUACACGGAGGCGUCUUCUUCCUGCCACGCCCACAGGUCGAAAACCGUCAUUUAACAUUCAGUGUCUGAGACGUCAGGGCAGCAGUGAUGACUUACCCAUGCCGGGAACGUACCACCCCAAUUCUCCUCCACGCCGCGCCCACGCUCAGACGUACACCAGUUACGAGUGUCCUCCACCGUCGGGUCGCUCCUCUGCGGUCUCCUCUACGUCUUGGGCCAAUCCAUGUCCUCGUCGCGGUCGCCUUCUAUACGCUCCUCUCAUUCUGGUUGAGGAGGAGGGCAGUCCAUCGUGGGGACGAGGGGGAGAAGGUAGACGAGGAGGAGGAACAGGUGGAGGCCGGGAGGACAAGCUAACAGGAGCAGGAGGAGGUGUCAGCGUGACGGGAGCCGCACCGACACCUGCCUGGUACGGCAGCCCAGCAGCUCCGCCGCCUUACAGAGCAUACACUACACUCAGAGUUCCUUCUCAGCUUGGCGCGCCAUUUGGUGAGAAGCGAGGCUCAGCUGACAGCCUUGUGGAAGCGGUUCUCAUCUCUGAAGGUCUUGGCCUCUAUGCACGCGAUCCCAAAUUUGUGGCAUUUGCAAAGCGGGAGAUCGCGGACGCAUGUCACAUGACCGUGGACGAAAUGGAAUCGGCCGCCAGUGACCUACUGGGAUCAGCAAGCCACGAGUUUCUGGACACUGCCGCCGUGGAUACUGGCGCAUUAUACAGCGAUGAAGAGCCGAUCAGGACGGGUCGAGAGGAGGAAGAACUGGCAGACGAGAUGAGUUGUGUGACGUCAUUUUGAUGGACGGAUGUUCACCACUAAGAUGAGUUGUGUGACGUCAUUUUGAUGGACGGAUGUUCACCGCCGGUGACGCCCCGCAGGAAAUUAAUACUCAAUUAAACUCGAGCUAAAGUUUCCAACAAAAGGUAAAACGAAUAAAAUUUUAAUCAGUGAGGGACGGAAGGUGGCCGCGAUGUUCGUGGAUGGAAAUCACACAUCAUGCUCAAUCUUAUCCAGUAGGUGGUGAUAAUGAAUGGAUGGACCGCCUUGUGUUUCCGAACAAGAAUUGCAGAGAGAGAAAACUUUCUUUUGGCUGCAAUCAGUUAGCAUUGCCCAGCUAGCUGCUUAGCAUUCUAGCUGUACAGAUACAAAAUAUUGACUUAUUUUGAUACAGUAGUUUGGAAAUUUUAAAGUCUUCCAGCAAACAGAACACUUGUGUUAUUUAUUUUGGCCUGGCUUAGCAAAAACAUAAGGAUUUUAUCAGAUGCUUACUUACAGGAGUUAUCAAAGCUAACUUCCAAAUGUGCGCGAUGACUAACUGGAUUUUUCAUCGACCUUCAUUGAGCCCGCAUCAACUGAGCCGCCAUUUUGUGCAAUGAAUACUUUAAACAAUUACUUUUUUUUUCUCCGUCUGGUGUGCUACCGCAUGCUAAAGGAAUUAUUUGCGUACUUACACACAUAACAGCAAAAGACAACUUUUCUACUUUUUCACACGUCCCUCGUUGCUUUCACAACCUGUGCUGCGUCCAUUGGAUGAGCUACUUCUUAAAGAAUCAGAGGAAGUUGUACAGAAAUAACUAAGAAAGAGAAAAAGGUUUGUUAAAUCAAUUUUUAAAAAAAUCAAACAUGACUAAGUGAAAUAGAUUAAAAAGACUUAACUAUAUGGAGAUGGAUGAAUACUAAAAGCAGUGCUAUUUUGUUUCACUUAGACACUGCACUUCACCAAGAGAAUUUUUGUACUUUUUCUAUCUAGCUGUGCUUCGUUUCGAUGGACAAGCUACUUCUUGUUCGCGCGUCAUGCGAAAUCGCAGGCUGACACUCUGAUGCUCACAUGAGGAUACUAUGAGCGAGUGUGAAUUUUAUAUCGUUUUUGAAAUCUACUGGAAGGUGGAUUUUUGUUGUUGAUUUAUUUCGUUGUCAAUUAUGUUUUUUGUAUCAAUGCUGACUCACAGUCCUUGUGUCUUCUCGUGUUCUCCUGACCGUCGACCGAAGGGCUUACUCACGGUAUCCCCUCCCGAUUCUAGUCAAAUAAACAAGUCAACCGUCCGUACCUCAAAUAAAAGACGUUGAAAACAAAUGCGUGUUUGUUUACUCACUAAGAGGUUUUCUUUGAAUCUUUUUUGACAACAUGGCUGCUAAGAGCAAGGAACAUGUUUACAUAAGUGCAGUGUUGACUCUGUUUAAAGACAUUUCUGAACCCUUGACUCAUAAUUUAUGCAAAAAGCGGAGAAUGGUAUAAUUCCUACUAAUAAACACACAACAUGAGUGGAACUGUUGUCACAUUUUUUUAUUUAUUGUCUUCAAAGCAGACAUAUUGCAAAAAUAACAUUGCGUACAUUAACAUUCUCAAAGAGGAAGCAUUUCUAAUAUAGACUGGGAGGGGAAAAAUAUUUUCAUCAAAUCAGGACUUUAGCUAAAAUGCUAGCAGAGAUGCUAACAAAGUUUAAGAGGUGCAAGUAACGCCCCCUGCUGUUCGUGGGCAAUCAGUGCAAAUGACUUGCACCAGCCAAAUUAUCUCAUGAACCUGCCUUGCAAGGAUGAACUGGAGAAUUCCAAACAAUUUGUCUGCGGGUAUUGCUCUAAGAAAACUAAGUUACUAAUGUCACACGCAUUAGGCAAAAUAUGUAUUGUAAAAAUGUCUAUAAAUUAAUUUAUUUUUGAUGAAAGCCUAAUGAAAGUUUUCUUUGUGUAAUUCCUGACUUAUUUUUUUUGUGCAAUGCAAAAUUAUUGCAAAGCAAUAUUUUAAACAAAGUGGUUAUAUAGUUUGCACGUUAACA